UACACGCAAACUACCACGGCCAUCACACGGCUCUAUUUCCUCUUAUCGGCUCUUCACGCGAGGCGACAACCGAAUAUUCCAACCCCGAAGUCACGAUUUAUUACGUAGCAUAACGUUUGAGUAUGGCAGCUCAGGUUUUCAAUCGAAUAGGUCAACUCGGCCUGGGCAUAGCACUGACCGGCGGCGUCAUCAACUCUGCAUUGUACAAUGUCGACGGUGGUCACAGGGCAGUUAUAUUCGAUAGAUUUGUGGGGAUAAAGAACGCCGUGAUAGGAGAAGGGACGCACUUCUUGAUCCCCUGGGUUCAGAAGCCAAUUAUUUUCGACAUCCGUUCACGCCCGAGAAAUGUUCCUGUCAUCACCGGAAGCAAGGAUCUGCAGAAUGUAAAUAUCACUCUUCGUAUCCUCUUCAGGCCUGUACCCGAUUCGUUGCCCAAGAUAUACACGAUACUCGGUGUUGAUUACGACGAAAGGGUGCUACCCUCUAUCACCACCGAAGUGUUGAAAGCUGUUGUCGCGCAAUUUGAUGCCGGUGAAUUGAUUACGCAAAGAGAAGUCGUGUCUCAAAAGGUCAGCGAAGAUUUGAUGGAAAGGGCUUCGCAGUUUGGACUUAUUUUGGAUGACAUUUCUAUUACGCAUUUAACGUUUGGUAAAGAGUUUACCCAGGCGGUAGAAUUGAAACAGGUUGCGCAGCAGGACGCGGAGAAGGCCCGUUUCUUGGUAGAGAAGGCCGAACAGCAGAAGAAGGCUUCUAUUAUUAGCGCCGAGGGUGAUGCCCAGGCUGCGAGUUUACUAGCUACAUCUCUAGCCGAGGCAGGGGAUGGUUUGGUCGAGCUUAGAAGAAUCGAAGCCGCGGAAGAUAUCGCGUACAAUUUAUCCAAGUCUCGUCAAGUGGCGUAUCUGCCAUCGGGUUUAAAUGUGUUACUUAACAUACCGCAGUAAAACUGAAUGAAUUGUUACAUGUUUCUACAUGAAUUGUGCAUUUAUAUCAUGAGCAGUUUAAUGCUGUAAUAGAGAGGGAGAGGGGGAGAGAGAGAGAAUGUGUAAAAAGAAUAUAGCCUAUACAAUGAAAGCUUCCCUAAAAGUGUUGUAAAGCAGGAAUAUGUAGUAUUUUGUAACAGGCAUAGUUUUGAUUUAUGAAUUUACGUCAUUUUAUAAAUAUAUUACGUCUUCGUGUUGAUCAGUUACUGAAGA